AUGGAAACAGAAACGAACAGUAAAUCAUUGGACAAUGCAGAUGCAAUACAAAAACAUACAAAUGGGACAACACGUAAAACAUACACCAAGCUUGAUUUCUCCUUGGAAGAAGAGGAACAAUUAAUCGAUUUCGUAAAAUCCAACCCUCCAUUGUACAAUCCUCGAGACGAACGUUUUAAAAAUAAAAUGUUCCGAGAUCGCCUGUGGGCAAAAUUUGGGGAAACUAUAAAAAAAACAGGUCCAGAGUGCAAUAAAAAAUGGGUGAAUAUUCGUGACACAUAUAACAAGAACAAAGGGAAAAAACUAGGCACUGGAAGUGCAGCCCUUGCGAAGAAGAAACGCAACGAUCUCUUGGCUUUUAUCGACGAAAUUGUAACCGUUAAUAAAAAAACCACAACAAAUAUCGCCGGCAAAGAAGACGAGAAAGAAAACGUCAUUGACGACGACAUUGGGUCUGAUGAAGAAUAUUUUCCUCGAGUGAAAAGAAGACGAAGUUCUUCAAAUAGCGAUCAUCUAAAGUUUAUGGAAAACAUUGCACAGACAAUGAAGGAAAACAACACGAAAAGAAAUGAAAUACUCCAACAUAUGUUGACCGAACAAAAACCCCAAUCAGAACUGGAAUUGUUUUUUAGUUCGAUUUGUAAAACCGUUGAAAAAUUUUCCCCCAUCGACCAAGUUCGGGUAAAGAUGCAAAUAAAUCAAAUGGUUAGCGAAACCGAACUCGCAAUCCUUGAAUGUACAUGUACAACCAAAUAA